CCGCCCCCCGGCCUCGGAGGAGGAGGAGGAGGAGGAAGAUGGCGGCGCUGGGCCCCCUCGGCGGAGGAGCGCAGGUAGCCGGCGGGGAGGGGAGGGGCGGGGGUGUCCCCUCGGGGGCCAGGAGGGGCCCUUGUGGGGGGGCCAGGGCAGGGAGACCCCUCCUCCCCGGAGGGGCGGGGGCGGCAGCUGGGGGCGCCCCCACCCACCCCAAAUUGCGGGGGGGGGGGCUGAGCCAGGCAGGGAGACCCUCACCCCACCCCCCCAACCUGGAUGAUCGCCUCAUUCCCCCCCCCAUGAUAUGCAUUGGAGGGUUUCCUGGGAGGGAGGAGGGGCGCCCCCUCCCCCACCUCGCCCUCUCCCCCCAAUAGGCCCCCCUCCCACAUCCCAUGGGCCUGGGGAGCGAGGGGGGGCUUCAAACCAUUCCCCCUUCCUCCCCCACCCGCCACCAGAGGGGCUGAAAGGGCUGAGCCCCCCCUCACCCCCCCACCCACUGGGUCCCCCUCCCACAUCCCAAGGGCCUGGGGAGGGGGGCUUCAAACCUUCCCCCCUUCUUCCCCUCUCACCAGAGGGGUCUGAGCCCCCCACCCUCUCCCCCACCCCCAGGCAACACCCCCCCCCGCAUCCCAAGUGCCUGGGGAGGGAGGGAGAGGGGGCUUUAGACCUUCCCCCCCUCCCCUCUGACUGCCCCUCCCUCUCUCUCACCCCCCCCCCCACUACUAGGCCUGGGGAAGGGGCUCAGGCAGCACCCCCCCUCUUCCCGUGUCUUGGGGUGGGGGGUCUGGAAGGUCCAGCAGGCAGCUCCAAAGCCGCCCCCCACCCCCAUCUUGCACCCCCCACCCUCAGGGGUGACUCAGGCCAGCCUCCCUUGCAGGGCUGUCCGGGGGGGGAGUGGGGGGGCCCAAGACCCUCCCGGCUUUUGGGGGGGGUCACCCUCAGCCCGCCCAGGUCUCGGCCGCCCGGAUUUGCCUGCCCGUCCAUCUGGCGACGUGGGGUGGGGGUCAUCCGCCAGAUGGGCUCCAUCUGCCGCAGGGGGGUGGGGUGGGGGUAUUGGCAGGGUCUCCCCCAGCAGAAGACCCCCCCCCAAGAAGCUCCUGGGCCUGGAACCAGCUGUUUGUGUGUGUAAGAGAGAAGGAUGGAGGCAGGACCCCCCCUUAGACCUUUCUUAGGAAGACGCUGAACACCUCCCCCCCCAAAUAAUAAUAAUUGCACCCCCCAAAAAUAAUAAUUGGACCCCCUCUUGAGAAAUAAGGGCUGGAGAGGAGUCAGACCUUUGGCUGGGGGGAGACCUCAAGCCAUGCACCUGGCCCUGUGCCCCCCCCAGCCAAUAAUAAUAAUAAUAAUAAUAAUAAUAAUAUCUCUGAGGGUGGGGUAUUUUAAAAGCUAAGAGUGCUGCGUUGUUGGGGGUCGGACCUAAUGGCCAUGGGGGGGAGUCCCGGUUCCACGGCACGUCCCCACGCGAUGCCAGGCCCGCUGGCGCAGGGAACCACAGUGCCUCUGAGCGGGUGCAGAGGCCCACCUCUCCCCGGGCGACAGUGGGGCUUGAGUCUCCCAGACCCCCGUGGGGAAGGGGGUCCUAUUCCCCAGGUACCCGCAGGGGCACGAGGGUCGAAGGGGGCUCCGAGAAGGCGCCAAGGAGCCCUCGGGGGACUCAGUGCCGCCCGCACAGGCCGGUAGCAACUCUCAGGAGCAUUUUUGCCUGGAGAUGCUGUUGAGGACGGAGCCAGUAGCCUUCUACAGGCCAAGCAGGUGUCCUUUCCUUAAAAAUAAACCAGGAUUCUAGUCCUCAAGAUUCAGCAGAAGCCCCCUUAUUUCCCAGCGCUACCUGGCGACGCUGUCGCAGGAUUGAACCCGGAGCCUUCUGCAGGCCAAGCAGGCGCCCUGCCCCCAUGCUGCCUGCCCCGCCUGUCGGAUGUGCUGUGUCACCAGAGGGGCGGGGUGUUGCACAAUCUCUCGUGUCACAGCUCCCCAAAGGGCCGGGUGCGAGUGCCGGGUUCACGAAGGCCAGAGGAGCUUCCUCAGCCUCUCUCCGCUGAGCCCAGAACCUGCUUGCUGGUCUCAGGGUUGUGGGUUCGAGUUCUGCAUCAGGUCCCUGCGUCGAAGUGGGUAGGACUAGAUGACUCGUGGGGUCCCUCGUGGCGCGGUGGUCCUGUGACUCCCCUGUUACGUGACUCGAAGGGAUCUGUCUCUCCUACAAUCUGUAGGGGGGAACUGGCGCGGAUCGCUGUUGGCCGAGCGUCGGAAUGGGCGCAGGGAUCUCCCUCGAGGGAUUUUGGACCCGAGUGCGAAAGCACCCACCCAACCUCCCCCGUAGCUUCUAGGGAAGUCCUUAAUUUUCAGUGUUUUUGUAUGCUUCUACAUUUGUCGGAAGCCGCCCCGAAUUGCUGUGGUGCCCAGCCAGAUGGGCAGGGUACAAUUAUUAUUAUUAUUAUUAUUACUAUUAUUCCAGCGUUCUGGAGUGUGGCAGGUCUGUUUGGCUAGAGAGCAAAGCUUUGGGCAUGUUCAGGGAGUAGAGAGAAACUGGCGACUUUCCUCCGACAAUUUCAUGUGUUUCCUUCGCCCAGGCUACUGGUUUGGGCCACUUUUGAACGAACCAGCAGAACCUGCAUAUUGCAUGCUUUUCUUUCCGGUAUUUUGAUGUUCCAAAUGCUCGCUGGAAGCUGAUCUGGGCCGCUGCGGCGACCCGGGGGUCUGACUCUGCAGAAGGCAACCUCCCUGCUCGCCUCCUGGCGGGCGCUGCAGCCGGGAGGGAGCUCUCUUGCCUCCCGGGGGUGGGGGCACCUGCGGUCCAGACCCGCCGGGCGCCGAGAGCCGCUCUCCAGGCCUCUCCCUCCUUGGACGCCGACCCAAAUCUCGAGAGCUCCGUCUGCCGGGGGCUGAUUUGUAUUCCUGCCGAGCGGCCGGCCUGCUGUUGACGGAGAGAAAAGGCCUUCUUGCAGUUGGCAAGGGAAAAGCCUGGGUGCCCAGAUGGUUCUCAGGAGCGCAUGGCGUUAAGACGAGGGAUGUGGGGAUGAUGCGGGGAAGGGGUGGGGCGAGGCAAGGGGGGCACGGCGCUCUGUGUGCGUGUGGGGAAGGGGGGUUCGUGCCUGCCCCCCUCGUGCUGGCAAAGUCCUGGCACCGCUGAGCGAAAGGUGGCCAAGGCAGGAGCUGCCAAACUUGUGGGCCCAAAAACACAGCUUUUGGUCCUUCGCGCAAAGGGGCGUUUGCAAGGUGGGCAAGGCAGGAGCUGCCCAACUUGUGGGCCCAAAAACACAGCUUUUGGUCCUUCGCGCAAAGGGGCGUUUGCAAGGUGGGCAAGGCAGGAGCUGCCCAACUUGUGGGCCCAAAAACACAGCUUUUGGUCCUUCGCGCAAAGGGGCAUUUGAAAGGUGGGCAAGGCAGGAGAUGCCCAACUUGUGGGCCCACAAAAGCACAGCCUUCGUUCCUUUCCGCAACGAGGCGUUUGCCCCUCUUUCCCAUUUUAAGCUGCACACCUGGUCCUUCAGGGGCACAAUUGGGGUGAGGGAGGCUGCCGGGCAGGCGGCGUUUACCCCGAGGGAGUUGCGUGCCCUCGAAUGCUCUCCCCGCCACAAGAUUGCAAAGGAUCCGGUUGUGCAAUUUGGCUGCAGGGAGAGCCAGCCCAGGCUGUGGAAGGAAGUUCCUGGCUGCGUCAGUGGAGCUUGCCCAACUUCUCCAGCCAGCCUUCUGCUGUUUCAUAAAACCGUACAGUCGGAAGGGGGCCCUCCGAAGGUCAUCCAGCCCAACCCGCCGGCGAGGCGGGAAUCUCGGCCACAGCACCCGACAGCUGGUCUUCAGAAGCAUUUAUGCUUUUUCUUUGAAAUCUAAAGCGGCAUAGAAAUGAAAUAAUACUAAGGAUCGGUGCCGGAUUUUAUGUAUAAUAAGCUAAACAUGCUAUGGCUUAGGGCCCCACUCUCUUGGGGGCCCCCAAAAAAUUAAAGGGGGAAAAAACCCUGGAUGUACAUUUCCAAAAUAUAAGAUAAAAAGCAAAUAAAAUAAAACCUACAUGCAGCAACAGUGUUUUGUGUUGUGGAGGCUCCUCGGAUGUAAGUCAUGGGCCCCUCCUGCUCGCCUGCUCCCUCAAAUAUCCCUGCUUUGCUCCUUUCUAUAUAUGGGGUGCCAACAUUCUGCAUGGACCGGUUGCAGGGCAAGAUGUGCAAAUGGCUUGAGAUACCUCUGAGGUCCACCAAUGACCAUAUAGCAGGCAUGGCCAAACUCGGCCCUCCAGAUAUUUUGGGACUACAACUCCCACCAUCCCUAGCUAACAGGACCGGUGGUCAGGGAUGAUGGGAACUGUAGUCCCAAAACAUCUGGAGGGCCAACUUUGGCCACGCCUGCCAUAUAAGCAUAUAUUAAACACACAAAACCAGCGGCAAUUUGUUGUGGACAAAGGACAGCUGGAGAUAGAAAGGGCCCUGUUACCUUCAGGAGCCGAGGGCCGCAUUAAACUGAAAUCCGGCCCUGCUAAGAAUGAUAAACCUCACUGGGGUGGGGGGAGAAGGAAGAAUGGCUCCUGGUCUUUCCGUUGUGGCGAUCGCAACCCAGAUUUCAGAGUUAGACCCCAAGGAUCGCCUCGUCCCCCCCUUGCAACGCAGGUGUAUGCAACCUGUUUCACCAUGUUUUUAAUAUUGGGAGCCAACCAGAGCAGCUGCGGCAACCCAGUCUGCUGGGCGGCGUGCAAAUAAUAAUAAUUACCAUUAUUAUUAUUGUUAUUAUUGCCGUGCUCUAUUAGCAGUUAGCUUAUCUAUCCGAAUUUCUGUUCCCAUUAGAUACACCUUUUUGCUUCCGAUGUAGUCAUACCUCGGGUUACAGACGCUUCAGGUUGUGUUUUUUCGGGUUACGGACUGCCGAAACCCAGAAAUACUGGAACGGGUUACUUCCGGGUUUCGGCGGUCGCACAUGCGCAGAAGCACUCAAUCUCGCUUUGCGCAUGUGCAGAAGCGCCGAAUCGCAACCGGCACAUGCGCAGAUGCACCGCUGCAGGUUGCGAACGUGGAUCACGUUCACAACCCGAGCGCCCACUGUACUCUGAGCUCCUUCCUUGCUUGGAAUUUGGACGUUUCCAAUAUGAAAUCCUUUUGCUUCCCGGGGUCUCUUAUUUUGGGGUGGCUGCUUUUUUUGGGGGGGGGAGCUUCUGUUCUCCCUUCCCUUUGGAAGCCAAGCUUUGCCAGGAACUGGGGGCCGACCUGCCUUGGUUCCGCAGGCGGAUGUUGUUCCGAAAUGGAGCGUGCGGCGUUUGGGUAGGGCAGGACUGACCUUCGGCGUCGUGGAGGGCAGGGAGCGGCUAUUUUCCCCCCUGCCUGUCCUUGAGGCCAAGGAACCAGGGAACAGGCUCCUUCUGUUGACAAUAGUCCAGGGAGGGCGGCAGAAAGACGAGCGGGGAGCUCAGCGUUCUUUGCUCUGAGGACCUGGGAUUGCACGUCCGUAAAAACAGGGAAAUCGCAGCCAGGCACAAUAAUGAAAAUCAAUAAAUGCAUUGCAGAGGCCACGUCCGAAAGAGGGGGGCAGGGAGAACAAGCCUAAUCAUUUCGCCAUUUGCACCCCGCCCGUCUGGGCUGGGAUGCCGGAAUCCCUGCUUUCCGCCUACAGUGGCAGGGAGUUCCCCAGGCACACCCGUCCCUAGGAAGGGAGGGCAGGACCUCGGAAGCGUGGGGGCGAGUUUCCUGCCCCCGGUCCGGAGAGAUCCGACGAGCUCGCCUUUGCUCCAAAAAGUUGUGUGCCGGAUGGAGCCGUUGGGGGUUUUAAUUCCGAAUUAUAUGGGGGGGUUGAAAACAUCCUUUCUCUGCUUCGGGGCUUGCCUGCCCUUUGUGGCCCCGAUCCCCCUUCCCACAAACCCAUCCCUCCGCUUUCAGACGAGCGUGGAGGGAGGGUCCUUUCUUGGGGGUCUCAAUAGGGACUGGGUCCGCUGAAAGGGGGGCUCUCUGUAUCUGAAUACGUGUUUCCCCUUGUUUCUCUCCCCACGUCCCUUUUCCCCUCUCCUGUCUAGCUCUCCGCCGGGACCCCCCUCUACGAGACGUAUUACAAGCAGGCAAGUGCCGGGGGCUCCUUUCACCCCCUUCCCCUGGAAACCCCCGGGGAGGAGGCAAGAAUUGGGGUCGGGAUCGCCAGCAUGGGCUGGCAGCAGCAGCAGCGGCUCUCCCGGGUCUCAGGCAGGCAGCCUCUCCCAGCCCUGCCUGGGGAUACCGCCAGGGAGAUUCGAACCAUGGGCUUUCGGCUAAAAAUAAUGACCCCACCCGGACGUCGAGCGGAGGAGCUCAAAUGGCACCCCGACAGCCCCCCAAAACCUGGGGGGGUUGCAGUUGGCUUGCAGAGGGCGCUGUCCCUAUUUAGGAAUGUUUUAAAUGAUGUUUUAUCGUGUCUUUUAAUAUUCUGUUGGGAGCCAGCCAGAUGGGCGGGGUAUAAAUAAAUCUAUUAUUAUUAUUAUUAUUAUUAUUAUUAUUAUUAUUUAUUCUAUCUCAGCUCAGGUGUGGCUGUUUGCUUUCCACAGGUGGACCCAGCCUGCACGGGCCGGAUCGGGGCCGGCGAAGCCGCCCUCUUUCUCAAGAAGUCGGGUCUGGCCGACGUCAUUCUGGGGAAGGUAAGUUGAGCUCGGCCCGGGAUUUCGGGGAGAAGGAGUUUGGGGGUGCAACGCUCCGGCCUCCUCCUUCCCCCUUUUAGUCGCAGGGGCUGCAUAGCCAUUCCCCGCUCCGGAAAAUGUUGCAGGAACAGUCGGCCCGCGAGCCCAUUUCACAGAAGUGUACAAUUGCUGGAAGGGACCCCGGGGGUCAUCCAGCCCAACCCAGGGAUCGAACCGGCAGUUUUAGCGUUCUCGCCAAGUCUCUGGAAUUCAAGGCUCCAGCGGCACAUCUGAGAAAAGCAAAAGUGCCGGAUCAGAGUGCUGUCCGUGUAGAAAGACGGAGCCAUUAUAAAGAGAAUUAGUGGGGAUUUUCGGUAGUGCUGUACUGUAUUAUUUAUGCAAAUGGAUUGUCUCUGGAGUCAAAGAUCUGACUGGGACAAACCUUCUUAUGUUGAGCUCGUAUUUUGCACAAUUUGUACAUGGUGUCUGUUUGAUAAUGUGCCUAAUAAAGGAUCUUGAUUGAAUAGCGCUGGAUCGGGGUGUGGUUUUUAUUUUCCUUCUCUUUGGUAUGUGUGUUUUUUUAGAUCUGGGAUCUGGCCGAUCCGGAGGGCAAAGGCUUCCUGGACAAACAGGUACGUGGCGAUGCCCAGCCGAGGAGUUUAAAGAUUCCUACAGCUGUUUAGGCUUGGAAGAGGCACCCCAGACUCAUCUAGCCAGUUCGCCUGCAAUGCAGGGACCCAGAUACGUAGGCUAUAAUGCCGUUGUUUUCGUUAAAUAAAUAAUUUGUUUAGUUAAAUAAAAUCAGAUUUUAUUUAUUUAUUUAAAUUAGAUUGAAUUGUGCUGUUGUUUUUAGUUUAAUUCGGAUUUUUUUUAAAAAAUAAAAUGCUUUUGGAGGAAAUGCCUUUCUAAAGAUUUUCUGUUUAAGUUACAUUACAGUCCAAAGGCUAUUCAUCAGGAAAUGACGAUUUGUUUUAAGUUUUUCAUGUAUGCUAAAACUCAGUCUAAGGUUGUUUUUUUAUAAGAAAAAAACCGUUUAACCACAUCAGUUUACAAACAUGGACACAUAUGCUGCAAUGUUACUGUUUUAGAUGAAUAGUUUAAAUAGUUGUGAAGGAACUGAUCGUUUUUCUCUUUCCGAUAAAGCACAGCAGAAAAGUUUUCCUAGUGUAAACAGUUAACCUCGCAGUAAUUUCGUAAUUAUCUGUCUUACGUAUUCCUAAUAGCAGAACCAAAUCAGUAGUUUUUGAUAUAAGUGCAAAAAACUACACUGGAAAUUUAUUGCUCCAAAAACGAAACCUUCAUCUGCUUGUAAACGCUAAGAUGGUACCAGCAAGGCUGAAUCUUUCUGUAAAAAAAAGCGAUUUAAAUAAUGAAUCGUGAUUUGAUUUAAAGCGAUUUGAGUUGUGAUCUGAUUUAAAUCAAACCCACCCUGUCUGGAAUUAUUAAUUUCGAGAUACAAGGGACCCCGUUGUCUGUUGCAUUUGACCCAGGGUUUUUUCGUGGCGCUGCGGCUGGUAGCCUGCGCGCAGAACGGGCACGACGUCGCCCUCACCAACCUCACCCUGGCGCUGCCUCCGCCAAAAUUCGUAAGUGCGCCGUACGUUUUACCUGUUUGCUUUCUGAGACCUUCCUCCGGGGUGGGACGGGACGGCAACCCCUUUCCUCUGAAUAUUCUCCAAAUAUUGGGUGCUGGGCCGGGCAGGAAUGGCAACCCCUUUCUGUUUUUGUUUUUUUUUAAUGAUAUUUAUUGGAGUUUCACAUGAAAAAAAAUCUUAAUUAAUAAAAAAAAAGAAAUUUAAAAAUAGAAAGAAAAAACACCAUACAAAGUACAAAAUACAAAAUAGAAAAAGAAAAAAGAAAAAACAGUUAAAAACAAUUCCAUCUUUUCAUCACAACUUUUACAUUUACUUAUUUCCCGGACCUCCUCAUACCUCCCUCUUUUGUAUUCCAAUUCAAUUUGUUUGUCCAGCAAUUCCUUUCCCUCCUUUUUAAUCCCAUCCUUAAUCUUAAUAUAAUAUAACAUUAAAUUUUAAUCUAUUAAAAACCAAUUUUCCAUUUCUUUUGACUUUUUUAGUCCUAAUCCUUAAUCUUAAUCUAUAUAUAACUUUAAAGCCUGUACAGCUAGAAGCCACUUAAUUUCAAUCCAACAUCACUCUAACAUUCUUUAAUUUUGCAAUAUUUCUGUAAAUAGUCUUUAAAUUUCUUCCAAUCUUCUUCCACCGACUCUUCUCCCUGGUCACGGAUUCUACCAGUCAUUUCCGCCAGUUCCAUAUAGUCCAGGCAACCCCUUUCUGCUGGAGCUCUGGCUUCCGAAUAUUCAGAUUUGGGGUGCCGGAACGGGCCGGCGGAGACGUUUUGGGGAGGGGGUCUUGACGCCGUUUCUCCUUUGUUCCAGCCCGACAGCACCAGCCCCCUGCUGAUCUCCUCCUCCUCGGACGCUCACUGGGCCGUCAGGGUGAGUCUCCCCUUGGGGCAUGGGGAGGGAAACGAAGGCCCGGGGGCCGGAUCCGGCCCAAUCCCCUUCUCAAUGCAGCCCGCAGACAGUCCGGGAAUCAGUGUGUUUUUACAUGAGUAGAAUGUGUGCUUUUAUUUACAACGCAUCUCUGGGUUAUUUGCGGGGCAUAAGAAUUUGUUCAUUUUCCCCCAAAAUAUAGCCUGGCCCCCCCACAAGGUCUGAGGGACAGGGGACCGGCCCCCUGCUGGAAAAGUUGGCUGACCCCUGCAUUGGGGGGGGUCUCCCCCUUGGGCGAAAGGGGGUCCUCUUCCUCCUCCUCUUCCUCCUCCCGCAGUGGGGCCGCCUUUUCCCAGAGCUCCCUUUAUACUUCCAGAUGGAGGAAAAGGCCAAGUUUGACGGCAUCUUUGAGAGCCUCCUGCCCGUCAACGGCUUGCUGUCGGGGGACAAAGUGAAGCCGGUCCUCAUGAACUCCAAGCUGCCUCUCGAUAUCCUGGGAAGGGUGAGCAGACCUCUCUUCCUCUCUUUCUUUUUUUCUUUCUCUCUCUCUCUCCUUCCUUCCUUCCUUCCUUCCUUUCUUUCUUUCUCUUUCUCCCUCCCUCCCUCCCUCCCUUUCUUUCUUUCUUUCUUUCUUUCUUUCUCUUUCUCUUUCUCUUUCUCUUUCUCUCUCUUUCUCCCUCCCUCCCUUUCUUUCUUUCUUUCUUUCUUUCUUUACUUCUCUCUCUCUCUCUCUCUUUCUUUCUUUCUCUCUUUUCCCCUCUCUCUCUUUUCUUUCUCUCUCUUUUCUUUCUUUCUUUCACCCUCUUUCUCCCUCCCUUUCUCUUUCUUUCUUUCUUUCUUUCUUUCUUUCACCCUCUUUCUCCUCCCUUUCUCUUUCUUUCUUUCUUUCUUUCUUUCUUUCUUUCUCUUUCUCUUUCUCUCUCUCUCUUUCUUUCUCUCUUUUUUCUUUCUCUCUCUUUUCUUUCUUUCUCUUUCUCUUUCUUUCUCUUUCACCCUUUCUCUCCCUCCCUCCCUCCCUUUCUCUUUCUUUCUCUCUUUCUUUUUUUCUUUCUUUCUCUCUCUCUUUCUCUCUCUCUCUCUCUCUCUAUCUCAUAUCCUCCCCAGUUUUUAAUUUCCUGCUUCGAACGGCGGAAUUUGCCCCAUCAACGGAGCAUAAUUAGGUUACAGUGGUACCUCAGUUUAUGAACGUAAUCCGUUCCGGAAGUCCGUUCUUAAACCGAAACUGUUCUUAAACGGAGGCACACUUUCCUUAAUGAGGCCUCCUGCCACCGGUGCCCUUCCACUGUUCAGCUUCCGUUCGUAGACCGAGGCAAUGUUUGCAAGCCGGGACGCUACUUCCGGUUUUGCGGAGUUCGAAAACCGAAUAGUUCGUUAACAGGCUGUUCGUAAACCGAGGUACCACUGUACUGUGACGCGUUCUACGCAGAGCUGCCUCUGAAGACGGUUCGGAGACUUCAGCCGCUGCAGAAUUCAUCUAGACUGGACCUAAUGGUCAGGGGUCCCAAUAAUUCACCUUGGAAGGUGAAUUCUUGGAACUAUUGCAAAAAUGGAUAAAGGGGAGGAUGGUUAGUUAAGAUAAUUAAAGGCAGUAUGAAUUUAAGAAAUGUAUAAGAAGUGGUUAAAACGGUGGAUCAUCAGAGGUGCUGAUGGAAGUCCAAAAAAAGAUUGUAUAAGUGGUGAAGUUUUGUGGUAUGUAUUAUAAUUUAUAUGUUAAAAUUAAUAAAAAUUAUUAUUAAAAAAAUAAUAAUGGUCAGGGGUCCCUUUACCUUUAUACCCUCGGGUCUCAGGGCACUUAUCAAAAAGACAUGAACAAAACGAAAGGGAAGUUUAGGGAAGUUUUUAAUGUUUAAAGCUGUAUUGUGUUUUUAAUAUUCGGUUGGGAGCCGCCCAGAGUGGCUGGGGAAACCGAGCCAGGUGGGCAGGGUAUAAAUAAUAAAUUAUUAUUAUUAUUAUUUAAAAAUCAACAAUAUGGGGUAGUUUAUUGGGGGCGUCCUGACGUCUUUCUGCCCUUUCUCUCUCUCUCUCCUUCCCUCUGCCUCCUAACGGCUGCGAAGGUCUGGGAUCUCAGCGACAUCGACAAGGACGGCCACCUCGACCGAGACGAGUUUGCCGUGGUACGUUUAUCCAGCGCUUGGUUGCCCGGUCCGUGCUCUCUCCAAUGGAACCUCCAGCUGCAGGCGCAGUCUAUAUCGAUUGCCGGUUCUCAUUUGCCCAAAGUGGAGGGGAAGGUGCCACACUUUCCCAGGGGGGCCCCCCCAUUUUGGCACAGCCUCUCUGCCCUCCAUCCUCCCCUUGCCCCCCCCCCCCGCAGACAUCUUUUCCCUCUCUGGGCCCUUUCAGGAUUUAACCUCCUUCCUCCGGGCCUGUAAGACAGAGGUAUUCCGCCUGGCCUUUAAUUUGAAUUCAGCCUGAUCUUUUAUUUCCCUUCUCUUCCCAGCCCUUUUAUGAAGAUCACCCGCUCUGAGACCCCACAGCUAAUUCUCCCCUGGCCUCCUCGCUGGCCCAAGCAGGACCAAUUCAGCCAGCUAGCCCUGGGGAUUAUCUAAUUGAUUUUUGAAUUUUAUUGUUAUUCGUGUUUUUAUACCUUAUUUUAUGCUGCUUUUCUAAUUAAGUGUUUUAAAUUUGUUGUUGUUGUUGUUUUCCCCAAAAAAUUUUUUAUUAGUUUUCCAAAUUUAUAACAAACAAAUAGAAAAAAAGAAAAUCAAAAAGCAAACAUUUAUCCUGAUUGUAGUAGUUCCACUGUUGUUAACAUUGUCAAGUGACUUCCUCAAAUCCCCCUGGCUGAGUUUCCAUAUAAAUCAUUAUAACAGUUUUCCAAAACUAUUUCCUCAUAAAAUUUACUUGGUCAAUUAACAUCUUUCUUUCUUUGCGCUUUUAACUUUAACAUAGUAUUAUGCACAUCACAUUUUCAAAUCCUAGGCCUAUUUGGUACUCGCAAGUAAUUCUGUUUAUAUUAUCUUAACAUAUUUAGCUAAAUAGGCUUUGAAUUUCUUCCACUCCUCUUGGUCCUCCCUCUGGUCAUGGACUCUUCUGGCCAGGUUGGGUAGCUCCCAAAAAUCCAUCAUCUUCAUCUGCCUAAAGUGUUUUAAAUUUGUUGUUAGCCGCCUUGAGCCCGGUUUUUGAACCGGGAAGGGCGGGGUAUAAAUAAAAAUAUAUUAUUAUUAUUAUUUCAGGCGAUGCACUUGGUCUACCGUGCGCUGGAGAAGGAGCCCGUUCCGCCUGCCUUGCCCCCGCCCCUGGUGCCCCCCUCCAAGAGGAAGAAGGCGCCCUCUCUCCCUGGGGCCGUGCCCGUCCUACCGGCCAGCCCCCCGCCCAAAGACAGCCUGCGCUCCACCCCUUCGCACGGCAGCGUCACCAGCCUCAACAGCACCGGCAGCCUCUCGCCCAAGCACAGCCUCAAGCAGGCGCAGCAGGUAGGAGUCGGGGCCUCCCCGCCCCCCAGGGGGGGCGGAUCCGGUCCUUGAAGCUGGAGGGGGGCAGCCGCUCGUGUGAUGCAAACUUCGGUACGGUUGGACUACGGAACUCCCUUCAACUUGAAGCGGCGGCAGAUUCCCCGCUGAAUUAUUUCGUGAGAUUUGUGCGCUGCUAGAUUGCAAAAAGUGCCCCACCCCGGAAUAAGAGAUCAAGAAGAAGAUAGGUUUCAAGAAGAUUGGGAAACCUUUCUUGAAUAUGGCGGUACCUUGGUUCUCAAACUGAAUCCGUUCCAAAACCAAAGCGUUCCAAAACCAAGGCUCUCUUCUUUCCCCUAGAAAGUCAUGCAAGACGGAUUAAUCCGUUCGACACUUUUAACAACGACCCCUAAAACAGCCAUUGAACGUGGAUUUUACUCUCUAAAUAAGACAGCAUUGUAUUUAAUAAAAAUGAAAAUUAUUUUUUCUUACCUGCACUGAUGACAGUCAUUGUUUGGAUGGGGGGCUUUUAUCCAUGUCCGCAGUCACACAAUCAAUCAAUCAAUCAAUCAAUCAGUAGCUGAACUGACCCAGCCGCUGCGUCAGGGUUCUGUCGAUUCCGCGGCAAAGCCUCCACAGGCAGGGCCAGUCUACCUUAGAAUGGCGGAGGACAACCAGAGCCCAUUUCUCUCUGGUUUGGGGGGGCGUAUCUUGUUGGCUCUCAGGAAGCCAGACCCGGAUGAGGCGCCCCCCCCCCACAAGCAGUUUUUUAGGGUGCCCGGGGGUCCCACGCCAAAGUCUGGUUUUCUCAUUCCAGCCGCCUGCGUCCUGGGUGGUCCCCCUGACCGACAAGCUCCGCUACGACGAGAUCUUCCUGAAGACGGACCUCGACUUGGACGGCUUCGUCAGCGGCCUGGAGGUCAAGGACAUCUUCAUGCAUUCGGGGUUGUCUCAGAACAUCCUGGCGCACAUCUGGUAAUAAUAAUUAAUAAUAAUAAUAAUAAUAAUUUAUUUACUCCUAGCCCAUCUGGCUGGGUUUUCCCAGCCACUCUGGGCGGCUCCCAACAGAAUAUUUAAAAAGCCACAAAACAUCAAACAUUAAAAGCUUCCCUAAACAGGGCUGCCUUCAGAUGUCUUCUAAAAGUCAGAUAGUUGUUUAUCUCCUUGACAUCUGACGGGAGGGUGCCACCACCGAGAAGGCCCUCUGCUUGCUUCCCUGUAACCUCACUUCUCGCAGGGAGGGAACUGCCAGAAGGCCCUUGGGAGAGGGACCCUGGUGUCCGGGGUGGACACGCUCCUUCAGGGAUACUGGGCCUUUGAGGCCGUUUCGGGCUUUUAAGGUCAGCACCAACUCUUUGAAUUGUGCCCGGAAAUGUCCUGGGAGCCAAUGCAGGUCUUUCAGGACCAGUGUUAUGUGGUCUCAGCGGCCGCUCCCAGUCCCCAGUCUGGCUGCCGCAUUCUGGAUUAGUUGCAGUUUCCGGGUCACCUUCAAAGGCAGCCCCACGGAGAGCGCAUGGCAGUAGUCCAAGCGGGAGAUAACCAGAGCAUGCACCACUCUGACCAGACAGUCUGCGGGCAGGGAGGGUCUCAUCCUGUGUUCCAGAUGGAGCUGGGAGACAGCUGCCCUGGACACAUUCCUAUUCACACACUCCCCUUUUUUUUGGAGACCCAUGAGGACUAGUAUCUUAGCAGCAGGCUAAGGGUAGUUGCGCACAUAAUAAAACAGAAAGUCUGAAGCCAUACUGAUCUGUGUUGAUGGAGGCAGCUUCCUACGAGUCUCCUUGGUGGGGAGGAAAAAGGUGUGGGAUAAAUAUAAUAAUAAAGGAUGAUUGACGGCUCCUCGCUACCAGGGCUUUGGCGGACACGAGGCAGAUGGGGAAAUUGAACAAGGACCAGUUUGCCCUGGCUAUGCACCUCAUCCAGCAGAAAGUGAGCAAGGGCAUCGACCCUCCACAGGUCCUGCUGCCGGACAUGAUCCCCCCGUCGGAAAGGACCGCACCUGCCCAGGUGAGCUCUUCCAGGAUGGCCGCUCCCCGGAUAAACAAAACCACAGUCCCCUCCCGUGUUCCUGGCCCUAGCAGGUCUCCGACAGAGCAGGUCGGGGCUCCCUUCUUAACCCCCUUCUCUCCGUCCCGACGCCCCCCCCAUCCCGCCCCCCGAGAAGCCUUCUUGCCCAGUCCUCCCCACCCCGGCACUGACUCUUUCCCCCCUCCGCUGCCCCCCCUUUCUGCCCUCUCCAGACCGUCCCCGGCUACUUGGCUUCCGUGGGAACCGAGGUCUCGACGCUGGCGGAAAUGCGUCGUGUGAGUAGGACCGCGGGGAUCCCCGGAACGUGGCGCUCCCACCCCCUCUCCCAUUUUCCUUUUUUGCCUGCUCCGAGAAGCAUGAAGGACCCUCUGGAUGUGGGGCAGGGGGACACCUCUGAAUCUCUCCUGAUCUAUCUAUCAAUCAUGUCUGUCUGUCUGUCAUCUAUCUCUAUCAUCUGUCUACAUCUAUAUAUCCAUCUAUCAUCUAUCUACCAUAUCUAAUUGUCUAUCAUCUAUCUAUCGUCUAUCUCUUUCUAUCAUAUAUCUAUCCAUCUGUCUAUCAUAUCUAUCUGUCUAUCUAUCUAUCUAUCUAUCAUCUAUCUAUCAUGUCUUUCUGUCUGUCAUCUAUCUAUUUCUAUUCUCUGUCUAUCUCUAUCUAUCAUCUGUCAUCUAACUAUAGUAUAUCUAUCCAUCUAUCUAUCAUAUUUAUCUGUCUAUCAUCUAUCUAUCUAUCUAUCUAUCUAUCAUAUCUGUCUGUCUGUCAUCUAUCAUCCAUCUAUCAUCUGUCUGUCUGCUUUCUCUCUCUUUCUCUGCUUCUUCUAAAUGCAUGUUCUUCUUGCUCUCUUAUUCUCUACCCGGCUUCCUCAACCUCGGCCCUCCAGAUGUUUUUGGCCUACGACUCCCAUGAUCCCUCGCUAGCAGGACCAGCGGUCAGGGAUGAUGGGAGCUGUAGUCUCAAAACACCUGGCGGGCCGAGGUUCUAUACGUUAAUUCUGCAAGCUGUGCAUAUUCCUCCGGCUUAAGCUAGGCUUCCUCAGCCUCGACCCUCCAGAUGUUUUGGACUACAGUUCCCAUCAUCCCUGACCACUGGUCCUGCUAGCUAAGGAUCAUGGGAGUUGUAGGCCAAAAACAUCUGGAGGGCUGAGGUUGAGGAAGCCUGGCUUAAGUCGCCCUUAUGCUUUUUAAUUUCUGCGUCGACACUGUGUUUGCACCCCGGACGUUUUGCAUGCUCCUCGCCCCCCUUCCCUGGCUGUAUUUUCUAGGGGGGGUCUGUGCACUCCCCAAUUUUCCCGGCCAGGGUGUAGCCUGACUUGUUUGGGCUCCUUAACAGGACAGCUCCAGUUCCGUCGGCUCCGGGGGCGAAUUCACCGGCAUGAAGGAACUGGACGACAUCGGCCAGGAGAUUGCCCAGUUGCAGAGGUGGGUGGCGUUUGGGGCGCUGGGGGGUCCUGGGAGGGGUUCAGCUGGCAUGAGAACCCCCCAAAAAGCGCUGCUGACCAGGGUGGAUUUAAUUUAAGUCCAACCCCCCAAAUCAGAGAAUUUGACUCACACGACCUUUCUCCUUUUUUUUGCAGAGAGAAGUAUUCCCUCGAGCAAGAGAUCCGAGAGAGGGAAGGAGCGAUUCGGCAGAAGACCAACGAAGUACAGGUAAAUGGUUUUCCCCCCACCCAGCGAUAUUGCGCUCUCAGAGUAGGCCUGUUGGGGGACCCCAAGGGUCAUCCAGCCCAACCCGCUGCAACGCGGGAAAAUCCUUUGCGCAACGUGGAACUCGAACCCAAGACCCCGAGAUCAAAGAGUUUCAGGCUCUACAUUUCGAGCUUAUCCCAGCCGUCAAACCCCAAGAGAGUGGGGCCCUAAGCUAUAGCCUGUUUAGCUUAUACGUAAAUCUGGCACUGGCACUGGCACGGAUGGAUAGAUAGAUAGAUGGCUGGAUAGAUGACAGAUAGAUAGAUAGAUAGAUAGCUGGAUAGAUGACAGAUAGCUGGAUAGAAUGAUAGCUGGAUAGAUAGAUAGCUGGAUAGAUAGAUAGAGAGAUAGAUAUAGAUAGAUAGAUACGUAGCUGGAUAGAUGAUAGAUCGAUAGCUGGAUAGAUGAUAGAUAGAUAGAUCGAUAGCUGGAUAGAUAGAUAGAUAGAUAGAUAGAUAGCUGGCUGGAUAGAUGAUAGAUAAAUCACUAUCAUCAAUCUUUAUUACGGUCCAGAAACCCAACAAAUCAUUACAAAGCAAUACACAAUUCAUACAGCCUACCUCCAGGUUAAACAAGCAUUUUGUUCAGAAUAUAGGGAUCAUUUGUUCUUGCAACCACCGAUAAGAUAAAUAGUUAUAGAUAGCUAGAUAUUUUGGAAAUGUACAUGCAGUGGUUUUUUCCCUUUAAAUUUUCUGCAGGUUCCCAAGAGAGUGGAGCCCUAAACUAUAGCCUGUUUAGCUUAUACGUAAAUCUGGCACUGGCAUAGAUAGAUAGAUAGAUAGAUAGAUAGAUAGAUAGAUAGAUAGAUAGCUGGCUGGAUAGAUGAUAGAGAGAGAGAGAUGGAUAGAUGAUAGAUAAAUAGAUGGAUAGAUAGAUAGCUGGAUAGAUAGAUUAGAUAGAUAGAUAGAUAGAUAGAUAGAUAGGAUGCUGGAUAUAUGAUUAAUAGAUAGAUAGAUAGAUAGAUAGGUAGGUAGGUAGGUAGGUAGCUGGAUAGAUAGAUAAUACUUUGGAAAUGUACAUCCAGUGGUUUUUCCCCUUUAAAUUAUUUUUGGGCCCCCCAGAGAGUGGGGCCCUAAGCUAGAGCCUGUUUAGCUUCUACGUAAAUCCAGCACUCCCCGCCCCCCUAAGCCGCCUUCUCCUUCCUCCUCCCGCCUCCGCAGGAGCUUCAGAACGACCUGGACCGGGAGACCAGCAGCCUGCAGGAGCUGGAGGCGCAGAAGCAGGAGGCUCAGGGCCGGCUCGACGAGAUGGAGCAGCAGAAGGCCAAGCUCAAGGACAUGCUGAGCGACGUCCGGCAGAAGUGCCAGGAGGAGACCCACGUGGUGAGUGGAAAACAACACGUGGGAAACCGGCGGAACUCCCUGCCACAGGAUUCCCCCCCGUUUCCCUUCUGUUUCUAAGAGUUGGUUUCCGCCCCGCCCCCCAUGGUUUUGUUUUCCCAACUCCGUUUCUGUUUUAUUUAUUGAAGUUGUAUAAUCCGUCUUGUUUAUGAUUUAUCACUUCAGUCAGUAAAGCAGAUAAAUUAUAAACAGAUAAAUCAUAAAUUCAAUCAACAAAGUAGAUAAACUAUAAACAGAUAAAUUAUAAAUUCAAUCAAUAAAAUAGAUAAAUUAUGAACAGAUUAUUUAUUUAUUCAUACAAACAUACCGUGCUCUGUAGGGAGAUUUUACCGGUCAGGGUGUGUGUGCAUUUAGCCUUGCAGAACGGCUGCCUAUCCGUAAUUUCGAGGAGAGCCUUGCAUCAUCUGUUAAAGCGUAUGCUCUUUCCCAACCCCAUAAUGUUUAUUAAAUUUUCUGUUUUACGUUUUGGAAUGUUCAUUCGCACAACCUUAAAACGCCAACGGCUUCCCCUCUUCUCCUGUUCGUUUUGCAAAAUGCAAAUCCCUGUGUAUUUUAUGCAAGCUUAAUAAUAAUAAUAAUAAUAAUGAUAAUAAUUUAUUUAUUCAUUCAUACCCCACCCAUCUGGCUGGGAUUCCCCAGCCACUCUGGGCGGCUUCCAACAAGAGAUUAAAAAUACCUUAAAACAUCAGUCAUUAAAAUCUCCCCUAAACAGGGCUGCCUUCAGAUGUCUUCUAAAAGCCAGAGAGUUGCUUCUUUCCUUGACAUCUGACGGGAGGGCGGGUGCCACCACCGAGAAGGCCCUGUAACGCGUGUAAAUUCUCCGCCCUCCUCCUCCUCCUCUCGCGAACCAGGUCGCGCCCCCCCCUCAAGACUGCCUUUGCCCUUCCAGAUCUCGUCGCUGAAGAUGCAGAUCCAGUCUCAGGAGUCGGACCUGAGAUCCCAGGAGGACGACAUCAGCCGGGCGAAAUCCGAGCUCAGCCGGCUGCAGCAGGAGGAGUCUCAGCUGGAGCAGAGCAUUCAGGCAGGAAAAGUCCAGCUGGAAACCAUCAUCAAGUCUCUGAAGUCCACUCAGGAGGAAAUCAACCAGGUGGGGACCCCAAAUGGGGGCGGAUUUCGGGUGACACCCCCUUUCCCCCCCCCAGGGCCAAGACCUCGCUCCCAAAUUUCCACAGGUGUUUCCUCGAACGGCGGCCAUGCCUGGGACGGGGGGCAGAGACACGGGUCUCUGUGCACAUGGGUCUUUCCUGUGUUGUAUAUUUUAAAAAACUGCCCCUUUUCCCUUAUGGGGUAUCCAAGAGCCCCUCUAAGAGUCCAUAAAUGGGUAUGGGGUAUUCCGGAGCCCAUAUAAAGUCCUUAAGUGGCUUCCCUAUCGGUAGGAGGAAACAACAGAGGCCAAGCAGACAGCACGAAAGGAAAGAGGAAUGGGGAGGGAAGAGGAAACCGAGCGAGCUCAGGCUCCGACUCUUCAAUUUGUAGUUUCUGCAAUCUCCAGAUGUAAUAUCUGGUUAUGCAAUGUGAGAAACGUGAGGCUGGACCAGGCAGAUCUUCCCUAGAAGUUAUUUAGGAAAUAGAGGAUAUCUUUGCAUGCUCUUGUUAUAAGAAAAAAACUUCUCCUUUUCCCUUAUGGGGUAUCUGAGCGCGUCUAGAGUCCUUAAGUGGCUUCCCUAUCGGUAGGAGGAAAUAGCAGAGGCCAAGCAGACGACACAAAAGGGAAUUCAAACCGCUUUAUACGUUGCACACCUAUGCUUACAGACCACCCUAUUUUUCCGUGCAUAAGACUAUAUCCCCCCGCCCCAAUUUUUUCAAGUUUAUUAUUGAUUUUUAUCCGCCCUGUCCCCCCGCAGGCGAGGAGCAAGCUGUCCCGCUUGCAAGAGAGCCAGCAAGAAGCCCACCGGGGGAUCGACCAGUACAACGAAGCCCUGAACGGGGUGCUUGCCGGCAGCAUGAACAACCUGGCGGAUCUGAACGAGGGGAACCCCCAGAAGGAGCGGGGCGGCAGGUUCGGGACCCUGGUGAGGCGCCGGGCCGAUUCCUCGCGGGAGCAAGCUUUGCUCAAUAACGACAAUAACUUUAUUAUUCAUAUCUCAACCACCCGGCCACUCUGGGCAGCUUCCAGCACAUAUUAAAAGCUUAACACCAAGCACUGAAAACGUCCCUAUACAAGACUGCCUUCGAAUGUCUUCUUAAAAGCCAGAUAUUUUUAUUUCCUUGGCAUCUUGUGGGAGGGCGUUCCACAGGGAGGGAGCCACCACCGAGAAGGCCCUCUCUGCCUGGCUCCCUGUAGCUUCACUUCCUGCCCCGAGGGAGCCGCCAGAAGGCCCUCGGGAGACGGACCCCGGCGUCCGGGCUGGACGAUGGGGUUGGAGGCGCUGUGUGGGGCUUUCAAGAUUGGCACCGACGCUUUGAAUUGCGCUCAGAAACGUACACUGGGAGCCAAGGUCGGCUUUUCGAGGGGAGUUUUUAAUGUUUGGUGUUUUAUCGUGUUUUUAAUAUUCUGUUGGGAGCCGCCCAGUGUUGCUGGGGAAACCCAGCUAGGUGGGCAGGGUAUAGAUAAUAAAUUACUAUUUAUAUAAAUUACUAUUUUAAGGCUGAAGCAGGGAGGGCGUCCCUGGAACCGAGAAUAUUAUAAUCAUCACCAUUAUUAUUAAGUCUUCUCUCCGGCCCUUCACCACGACUUCCGUAGCGAUUUAGAAACGCAAAGCCAGUUAAGCAAAUUAGCUGCCGUUGCUGCUUUGCAGGGGUUGGGCUAGAGGACCUCAAGAGGGCCCUCCCGGCUCUGCACAUCUACAAUUCCAUGAUUCUUUGGGGGUUUCUCAGCAGAGGGAUCCUUUAGCUGGGGGUCCCAUCCAGCUCUGAUGACUCAGACGUGAACCUGGCGGGGUCUUUGGGGGUCUGUUUUGUGUCUGAUUCCCUUCUCUCUCCCCUCUGACACCCCCCGGCAGGACGACCCGUUCAAGAGCAAGGCCCUCCUGUUCAGCGGCCACACGCAGGAGCUUCCUGCGGACCCUUUCCAGGCGGAAGACCCCUUUAGGACGGACCCUUUCAAGGGCGCGGACCCCUUCAGAGGCAGUGAGUGGCGACGGGGGGCAGCGGGCCCUGAACCGUCUCCCGCCACGAGCCUGGCCUGGUUCCUCCUCUUAACCGCGCCCCCCUCUCUCUUCCUCCCUCACCCAGGUGACCCCUUUCAGAACGACCCCUUUGCGGAGCAAGCCCCCGUGGUUGCGGCGGCGGUGGCAGCAGGUGAGAUAAUAACCAGAAUAAUUUAUCAUUUCUACCCCGCCCAUCUGGCUGGGUCUCCCCAGCCACUCAGGGCGGCUUCCAACAAAAGAUUAAAAAGACAUUAAGACAUCAGUCAUUAUAAACUUCCCUAAACAGGGAAUAUGCCUUCGGAUGUCUUCUAAAAGUCAGAGAGUUGUUUCUUUCCUUGACAUCUGGCGGGAGGGCGCCACCACCGAGAAGGCCCUCUGCCUGGUUCCUUGUAACCUCACUGAGUGAGGCAGAGAGGCAGUGACGGGCCCAAAGUCACACCCGGUGAGCUUCAGGGCCAAGCGGAGAUUUGAAGUAGAUAAAUAGGUACCUCUCCGGCGGGAAGGUAAACGGCGUUUCCGUGCGCUGCUCUGGUUUCCGCCAUGCGCCAGAAGCGGUUUAGUCCUGCUGGCCACACGACCCGGAAAGCUGUCUGUGGACAAACGCCGGCUCCCUCGGCCUGAAAGCGAGAUGAGCGCCGCAACCCCAGAGUCGCCUUGGCCUGGACUGAACCGUCCAGGGGUCCUUGUAAUUUAACCCCCUUAGCGGAAUCGAUGCUGAUACGUGUGCCGGUCUUCGAAUCGCUGCUCCGGCGUCGCCUUUGCUUCCCCUGCUUGCGCACGAACCCCAGAUUUAGUCUUUCACCCCGGAAUCCCAAAAGGCCUCUGCAGCGGCGUGGGGACGGGUGUCAGUCUCUCGCCUCCCGGAGAGGCCAUCUGCCUCCCUCCCUUCCUCUUCACUCUCCGGUGAACGAUUCGCUCUCUCCCCACAGAUCCCUUCGGCGGAGAUCCGUUUAAGGAAAGCGAUCCCUUCCGCGCCGCAGCGGCGCCCGACGAUUUCUUCAAAAAGCCCGAGAAGAGCGAUCCGUUCACGGCCGACCCCUUCUCCAAAAACCCCACGCUGCCCUCCAAGGUGAGGACGUUUCCAGGAGGAGGGGGGGGCUUUUCCCUUGACGGCUUUGUUUCGUUCGGGGGGGGGGUCCCUCGGUUCCAUUCGGGGCCGCAGGAUCCUAAGCCCAGCUGCUUGGGGGGCCCUGCCGUGAAACCCUCGUUCUCCUGCCCCUUUAGGCGAACUUAUUUGAAAACAGCGACCCCUUCCAGUCUCCGAGUGUCGUCGCCACCGCUCUGAAAGGGCCAGGUAAGGCCCACGGUGGGGGGGGGGUUGCCCCACGGCAUUGGGUGUCCGUCCACCCCCCUGUCCCCGCCCUCCAAAAAUUCAAACUCUGGUCCGAUGCUUCGGUUAAGCUGCCCGGCGUUUAUUUCUUGCAGAAGAAACACCGGUGGGGUGUGAAUUCUGGAAGGGGGGAGCCCUGUGCAGGAGGGAGGUUGUUUGGUUCAAGGGUUGGGGGGGGGACGGCUUGCAGGUUACUGGGGGGGGGGGAGAACAAGGGCUGCCUCCCUGAGGGUCCCAACAGGGACUCCUCCAGCCUGCGUUUUUAGAACCGGCAAAGUCUAGGAAUGGGAAUCCUGGCCGGGGCCACUGACCACCCUCCCCCCUUUUGAUUUCAGAUCCUUUUGGGACACUAGAUCCCUUCGGGAGCAGCAGUUUCAACAGCGGCGGGGCCGGCAGCGAAGGCUUCGCCGAUUUCAGCCGGAUGUCGAAGGUAAACCCUCCUCCCUCGCCAGAUUUGUGGCGGCCACUUAGCCCCCCCUGACUUACAAAUCCCCAAAUUCCCUCCUCUUGAGUUCCCUCCGCAGGGGCAGAAUCCCACCCCCCAGGCAAAUCUUGCCCAGCCUGUGACCUGCUUUCUGUCGGGUCCUGUAACCCUGGGGUUUUUUUAGGGGGUGGGGUGAAAAUAAAACACUACAAAACUACUUGCAAAAGAAAAAGGAGGUGAGCCGUCGUGUCUCCCCUCCUAUCUCUGGUUCUGCAAAUACAGUCGUACCUCGGAAGUCGAGCGGAAAGCCCGUCCGACUUCCGAAAACGUUCGGGAACUGAGGCGCGGCUUCCGAUUGGCCGCGGCGAGCUCCUGCGGCCAAUCGGAAGCUGCGUCGGACGUUCGGGUUCUGAAAAACGUUCACUUUUGGGUUUGUGGCAUUCGGGAGCCGAAAUGUCCAAGUACCAAGGUGUUUGACAACCAAGGUGCAAUUGUACUGGAAACUUUAUUUAUUUGGGGGUUUUUUUUAAGCUGGGGGGUAGGGUUCAUUGGGAUGGGGGGGCGCAGCUUUGGCGCCCUCCUCACUGCAGCUCCAGCCUUGCAUGCUUAGGUGGCGAAGGCUCCCUUGAUCUUUGCCGCUUCCCCAAUUCCAUCCAGGAAUUAUCAGCGCCCUCUCCUCUCCCUCGGCCCAGUCCUGCCUUGCAGACGAUGUUGUGUGUGUGAGAGAGAGAGGAGAGGAGCAUCUAUCCCAGGGGUCAGCAAACUUUUUCAGCAGGGGGACAGUCCACUGACCCUCAGACCUUGUGGGGGGUCGGACUAUAUUUUAAAAAUAAAAAUAAAAACGAACGAAUUCCUUAGCCCCACAAGAGAUGCAUUUUAAAUAAAAGGACACAUUCUACUCAUGUAAAAACACGCUGAUUCCCAGACCGUCCACAGGCCAGAUUUAGAAGGCAAUUGGGCCGGAUCCGGCCCCCAGACCUUAGUUUGCUUACCCAUGAUCUAGAAGAGAAUCUCUGAAACACUUUUCUGCCACAGGGUGGCGUGAGAGAACCUUCCCCGCAGCCCCGUUCCAUUUAAAUUAAGAACAUUAAACCCCUGCUUUUCAUUCAGAAAUCCAGCCAAAAAUAAACACACAGUGGUACCUUGGUUCUCAGACUUAAUCCGUUCCGGAAGUCCGUUCCAAAACCAAAGCGUUCCAAAACCAAGGCGCGCUUUCCCAUAGAAAGUCAUGCGAAACGGAUCAGUCCGUUCCAGACCAUCAGUAGCUGAACUGGGUUCCACGCAGUCACAAAAACAAGUGAACCCAAAAAGCCUCAAAAUACAAAACCACAAAAUAAAUAGCAAAAACAAAAGUGCCAGACUUAAUCCCUUCUGGGAGUCCGUUUGACUUCUGAAAUGUUCGGAGACCAAGGCGUGGCUUCUGAUUGGCGCAGGGCCCCCGGAAACAAUAGCCAACAGCCGCGUCGGACGUUCAGCUUCCGAGGAAUGUUUGGAAACCGGAACAUUAAUUUUGGGGUUUGGGCGAUUGUAGUUAGCGAAAGGAUGAGGCGAUAAAAACCAAGGAAUGUUUCGCAGCAGCGCUUUAGAAACGUACAAAAUUCAAAACAAUGAGACGGAUUGAAAUUGCGCCAACUUUUUUAACGACGUUAGAGGAGGUUUUAGCAACAGGUGAAAAUUUGAUAGUAGAAAAGAGCGGAGGUGGGAAGUCAGUACAGGAAACGGCUUAGCUAUUUGAUUUGUGGGGGGAAAUGGAAAUUCGGUAAAAAUUAUAUUGGGGUGGGGGAAACCAUACAAAAGUUGAAAUAUUAAAGUAGAUUAAAAUUGCGCCAACUUUCUUAAUGUCCUGGGGAGCUUGUCUGAACGAGAAUGCCUUUAAGCGGGCGCCGGAAAGAGUCGGUGCCCCACUUGGUAUCAUGAGGCGGGCAGUUCCAAAGGGCUCGUGCUGGCGCAGUCCUUUAAAAAGCGGGUUGCAAAAAAAAUUGGAAAUCCAGUAAACAAUUCACCGAAUUUAAACCCGUUUCAGCGGGUCUACUAUUCGCAAGCCGGUGUCAAGUUUGGGGGCGGCCCGUGGAAGCGGAUAUCCGCCGGGUCUCCUCUGGUUGCGAUCGGCCUAUGUCGGAGUCAGCCUGCCCCCCCCCAAUGUCAGGCGAUUGACGGGCGGGGGGGCGGUUAGCCGAGGACCCGAAACCCCAUCCGGUUUGCAGACCCCCGUUUCCUUGUGGUUUUGUUCCGUUUGGGUUGGGGACGGACCUGCCUCAGUUUCCCAGCUGUCGCAAAGCUUGGCUCCUCCCGGUUCCUUGCUCUCUUGCUUGCAAGCCAUAGCGCCUCUCCGGGUCUGCCUCUGCGCCCCCCCGUCACCCCAGAGCCCCCCACUUCCUCCUUUCCUGCCCCUCCCUCUUUCUGCAAACCCCCUUUCCGCUUCUGCCUCUCUCUGUCUCUCUCUUUGCAGCCGCCGGCUUCCGACCCGUUCUCGGCCUCCUCUUUCGGGGGCUUCCCGGACGACCCCUUUAAGGGCAAGCUAGACACCCCCGCCCUCCCUCCGAAGAAAGGCUUGCCUCCCAGGCCCAAACCGCCCAGUGGUGAGUCUUCUCUGCGGUCCUCCUCCUCCCCACCCCCACUUCGCGCCGGGGAAGGGGUGGCCGGCCGUCACGGAAGGCGGGGUGGGGGCUGCCUUCGUCUUGGACUUUCCAUGGUGGGGGGUUGGCCUCUCUCCCUCCCUCUCUCUUUCUCUCUCAGACAUGCACUUGCCCCCCCCCAUUGCACUCUUCCCCCCCCCCCUUGCUUUUUACUAGAAUGCUUGCCGGUCCGCAGCCAAACUCUGGGGCAGUGUGUUGGGGGGUUUUGGGGGGGGGAAUAUCGGGCCAGGGUGGGUUUGAUUUAAAUCAAAUCCGCUUAAAUCACGGUUUAAAUCAAAUUGGUUUAUAUCACAGUUUAAAUCAAAUCGGUUUAUAUCACGGUUUAAAUCAAAUUGGUUUAAAUCACAGUUUAAAUCAAAUCGGUUUAAAUCACAGUUUAAAUCAAAUCGGUUUAAAUCACAGUUUAAAUCAAAUCGGUUUAAAUCACUGUUUAAAUCAAAUCGGUUUAAAUCACUGUUUAAAUCAAAUCGGUUUAUAUCACGGUUUAAAUCAAAUCGGUUUAAAUCACAGUUUAAAUCAAAUCGGUUUAAAUCACAGUUUAAAUCAAAUCGGUUUAAAUCACUGUUUAAAUCAAAUUGGUUCAAAUCACGGUUUAAAUCAAAUCGGUUUAUAUCACGGUUUAAAUCAAAUCAGUUAAAUCACGGUUUAAGUCAAAUUGGUUUAAAUCAUGGUUUAAAUCACUAGUCAGCAGGACUUCAUUUGAAUCAUUUUUCUACAGAAAGGCUCAUUCUUGCUGGUGUAAUCUUAAUAUUUACAAGCAGAUGAAGGUUAAUACAUUUUUACAGCUAUAUCCAAAAUAACCGAUUUGGUUGUGCUGUUAGAAAUACAGAGACUGGUAAACAUGAAUCUAGAUUCGGGUAGGUAGCCGUGUUGGUCUGACGCAGUCGAAAUAAAUAAAUAAAUAAAUUCUAAAAAUUGUCCAGCAGCUCCUUAGAGACCAACUAAGUUUGUUCUGGGUAUAAGCUUUGGGUGUCCGUGGUAGAGACGCUCCUUCAGGUCUACUGGGCCUUUGAGGCCAUUUAGAGCUUUCAAGAUCAGCACCAAGACUUUGAAUUGUGUUUGGGAGGCCCCCAAGGGAACCCCCCGCCCCCGGCAGUAUCUGAGCAUCAUAACAGGUAUUCCCCACACCUGCGGUUCCUGGUUCCCAGGAGCAUCACGGCUUCCCUGGCCAGUAGCCAUCGAUGGCUUUCUCCUCUGUGAAUUUGCCGGGUCCCCGUUUAAAAUUUGCGGUCGCUAGGGUUAUAACUUCAUACUUUUUCCCCGAAACAACUUUCCUGCAUCCUAAUGUGACAAACCUUUGCUCAGAAAAACAAAAUAAUUCUUCUCCGUUGCAGGGAGGGGAAAAGUCACCCCAAAAGUUGGAAUUGCCGUGACGUAACGUCACGACUCCUCUAAGUAUUAGCGCUUUUUAAAAAAGCUUUGUGGAGCUUUUACAGCUGUCUGGGGACUUCCUAAAACGGUCCAAGAACGUCCUAGAAGAAUCCGAAAUAUUGGUCUAUAGAAAAGAACACGCAAUACAAGAGGUUUAUUAAUAAUAUUAAUAUUAUGUUUUUAGAUAUGCCGUAAGCCGCCCAGAGCGGCUGGGGAAAGCCAGCCAGAUGGGCAGGGUAUAAAUGAUAAAAGUAUUAUUUUUAUUUUAUUUUGUAAUUUAUUGAUUGAUUGAUUCUGCUUGCGGCAGAAACAAAGGCAAGCUGCAACCUCGCUUUAUUCUAAGGGACGUGCAAUUGACAAAACACCGGACAAGUCUUAGAAAACCUGCAAGCUCAAAUGUUUUUCCUGUGUCAUGCAAUACUCACUCUGCAUACGACAUUAUACAGUUCCAUAGACAAAAAUCGAUUGAUUUCGGGGUGACCUCCACCCCCCCCAGCAGGUUUGGGAAAUGGCAGUUCACGUCUUUGCUUUUGGACAGAAGUUCAUCUGGCUAAGCUAUAGGAACGGGAAGUGUGAAAAAAUACCGUAUUUUUGCUCUAUAAGACUUACUUUUCCCCUCCUAAAAAGUAAGGGGAAAUGUGUGUGCGUCUUGUGGAGGCUGCACAGCUAUCCCAGAAGCCAGAACAGCAAGAGGCAUUGCUGCUUUCACUGCGCAGCGAUCCCUCUUGCUGUUCUGGCUUCUGAGAGACAGAAUUUUUUUUUUCCUGUUUUCCUCCUCCAAAAACUAGGUGCGUCUUGUGGUCUGGUGCGUCUUAUAGAGCAAAAAAUGCGGUGGCUUUAACUAAUGCCCAGACCCUGUGGGGCACUGAAAUGCACGAAUCCUGUUUCCCCUGUCGGAGGCAGGAAACCCCAGCUGCUGAGAACGGCAAGAGGGGGGCAGUUGGUGUUAAACCUGGGGGGCACCUGGCUGGCCAUGGGGAGGAGUGUGGCCCCAGGGGCCUGAUCCAAUUGCUCCUGCAGCCCUGGCGAGGAAGCUGCACCGAGACUGGACCCUUCCCCGGCCGAGCCCAGAGAGUUCAAAAGCGGUUAUUAGGAGUUGCCUCCUCCUCCACCACCUCCGUUCUUUCGUUCCUGUCUUCCCUUCCUUUCAUCUGCUUUUUUGCACCGGCUGCUGAUAAGAGAUCUCCGUCCUCGCCGCUAACUAGCUUCUAGGUAAAAGCUGUUGAGCCUCAAAAAGAGAAAAACAGAUUUUAUUUUUCCCCCUCUCUCUCUCUCUCUCUCUCUCUCUCUCUCUCUCUCUCUGGUGUGUGUGUAUUAUUCUGGUUCUUUAAAAGGGCAGGAAGUCUCUGUGUGGGUGUCAGUGAUUGCGAAGCCUCCCUGGGGCUGCUGCCACCACCAUCGUGGGACCAUCUGCAGCCGCCCCACCCUCAGCCACUUCCUCUCUCUGCGGUCGGCGCUCACCAGCAAUAUCGGGGCCCCGGCCUGCGCCGUCAACCAGGCACAGCCGCCGCUGCCUUGGGGGGGGUGGCGGCCGCCUCUUGUGGCCCGAACGGGGCAGGGGCUGCCCGUUCUGCAAAGCACCCCCUGCCCCCAAAAAGGAGACCGUCGGAGUUGGGGGAAAGGGAACGAGAAAAGCACGCGGCGUUCGGGGCUGCUUAGUUUCGGGAAGAGAGGAGACGGGAUAGAGAUUUGUAGAAUUACACACAGCCUUCACUCCUGGCGCUAGAAUUCCCGCAGAGCUGGGUGUUGAGGGGUUCUGGGCGGAUUGUGUUUUUCUUUGAGGAUUUGUGUGUGUGAGAGAGAGCGAUACGAAGCAAACGAGCGAGGGAAGACGCAUACGUUUUCAAUCCGUAAGAGUCCUUUUCACAGUUUGCAUUCGGUACGAGACACCCUUGUAAAGAAGGUGUAGGGUUGGACUGUGGGACUCCCUGCCACAGGAGACAGGGGUGGCUGGCAACUUGAGUUAGACUGAUUCGAGGAGGAGGCUCCCGCCUAGAAUGGCUUGGCCCCCACAGUCGAAAUGCCGGUCGCUGGAAACCUCAGGACAGGAGAGGGCUGCGGUUCAAGACCCCGGGGCCAGGGUGUAGCGCACAGCGUUUGUGCAUGGGAUCGGGGCCUUAGGGCAGCCCUGAAUGUACUCUGCGGCUCAGUCCCCCUUCCUCCAGUGGGCCAGAGAGUCUGGGCGGAGGCGCUUUGACCGCUGCUGAACUGCAAUCGCGGCAAACAGAUUUGCUCCCGGCUGGCGGGUCGCUUGGCCCAGGCAUCUUGGAAUGGGGGUCUCAAAAGGUGCUGCCAUUUGCGGGACACUUUGACGGGUAGUUCCGUAAGCUGCUUCUUUGCGGGGGUCUUUCGCUCGGCCGGUUUUCCAAAGCCGGCCUCCGGGGUUCGCGGGUUUGCUUCGUUGUGGUCAGCGUUCGAAACCCGCCAGCUGCGUUUUGCACCCAUCGCCCACCGAGUAAAUAUGCCCGGGUGCUGGGACAGCGCCUGACGUCCCUGCCAUCUGGGGGGGUCCCUGGAUCUGGACCCUUUCCACACCCUUAAGACCCCACCCUGUAGCAUUCCGUGAUACUUUAUCUGCACAACCGGAAUGGAUUUUGGGGACCCAAAAAUGCUUUUCCCGGCGUUGCAGCGAAUUGUCUCUUGUCUUCGCUUUCCCCUUCUCACCGUUGGGGAGAAUAUUCCUACAUUAUGAAUAGUCUGUGUCGCCAUUCAGAAAAAGGUAGGAAUAAGGCAAUAUCCAGGCAGACUGUCCCCGGAUAAAGUGACUUUUCUUCUUUCAAGUUCUCAAAGCUCAGUUCAAGGUUGUCCUCUGAACUAGCCAGAUAUUUAACUGAGAAUCCAUCCCGGUCCAUCCUUUGGAAAAUAAGAUUUCGGAGCCGUCUUUCCCCCCAAAAUGGCAACUGGAUGUUCCAUUUUGGCGUUUGCAACCCUGGUUUAAGGCUCUAAUGCUGUGAUCUGCGGCAGAACCCACGGAGUUCACCCUUGUUCUGUGCCGGUCAGGCUGAGUCCAGUUUUGGGUGUGCCCCAUUUAAAGCAGGGUGGGCCAGGAUGGUGGGUGGGGGGCUGGAGGGCAGGCCUGCGUACACCCCUUUCAUUUAAAGUACACCCUUUCCGGGGGGGCGGGGAUAGAAUCCUGGAAACUGUAGUUUGGUAAGGGUACUGGGAAUUGUAGCUAUGCAAGGGGCGAACUACAGUUCUCCUCUGAGGAGGGGGUGAAAGAGGGAGGGGUGAUAUAAUUUGGAGCAGGGAAGGCUAAAGGGCCCGGGGAGCGACGAAGGUGGUCUGCCAAGGAUUCUGCCCUUGUAAGAUCAGCACAGAUUGGAGGGUUGGGCUGGAUGGCCUCUGGGGUCCCCUGUGCAUGGACAAGCAGCUUCCAGAACCCCCCCUCUUUUUUUGGUCUGCCGUUGGAGGCUUGAAGCCGGCCGACGUCCAUUUUCACCACAGCGCAAGGAUGUUCCGUGCGACACGACGCUUGGUGAAUGAAUGAAUGAAUUAAUUAAUCUUUAUUUGCGUCGGCCACCGGCCAUAGCAAUAAAACAACAACGCGAUAUACAAAGAACAGAAAUAAAAAGUCAAUUAUAUAAAAUACAUUUUAGGGCUUUGAAUCAAUGGUCAAGGAGUGGGUCUUAUUCCGAUUGCCCCCAGCUAAAAACCUUGCCACCUUUGCCAUCACCUGCUCAUUUUGAUGGGCGGAGAGGAAGGACCCUGGGGCAGUGGCUGGGCGACGCGGAACGGACAAUAAAAGGGGGUGAUAAUCUCAUUCCUCAAGUCUUUAUCAAGAAGGCAAGCCAGAAGGGCGUGCGCCGCCGAUUCGGGACUGCCAUCUCCGCAGGGAUGUUUUCCGUGUGGCAUCUGUUGGCAUCGUCCCUCAAGUCCAGUCGAGGGCAAGACAUUCAAUCUCUCGCGAGGCUAAAAGCUCGGUGGCUUUCCACCAAAGGUCCAAGCAAGAGGUGUGCCUUGUGUUCGAGUUUCCGUCAGUCGUGAGGAGGCCGUGCGGCCGAAAUCGAGGCCCGGGGGCGAUGCGCUCACAGUCUGUUUUCUCGCGUGGGGUGUGUGUGUGCAGCAGCGGCUGCUGAUCUCGAGGCUUUCUCGCCCGCGAGGCAUUGCUGAAAAGGCAUCCUUUUGCAAAGUUGGCAUAUCGUCUGUUUCUCGGUGGUUAACACCUCUUCUGAGGAGGACCGGGUACCCAGUUCCCACACCCGCCGGCGAAGCUGGUUCUCAGGGGCUGAAAUAUUAAAAGAGGAGGCAGAAGAAGUUUGCUUGGGGCAGGGGAAAAACAGAGAACUGUUGUCGUUUUUUGCGCCCGAGCUUCGCCGUGUAGCUGUGCCAGCCUUCGAUUUCCCUUGCGCCCUCCAUGCCUGUUUUUUUUAUUUUUAAAAUCCAUGUUUUUCUGGGAGAAUAACGCCUUUGGGGUGGGGGUGAACCCUUGUCUGCAGUCCAUUUGACAAACUCCGUUUUUCCCCCCCGCUGCCAGGAACCGCAAGUGGGGCACUGUUGUUCCGCUCCUGCUUGUUAGGGGGCUGGCUUUCCUUUGGGGGGCGUGCGGCGGGGCUGGACUAAACGGCCCCCCUUUUGGCCCAAUAUCCAGCAGAGCCCUUCUUUUUCACGACUCCCAAGCAGAACCUCCAUGGACAGAGCCAGUCUAUCUUAGAACAAGCAGGUUUUCCUCCGGGCAAAUAGGGUUUGGCCGCUGCCCGGGGACAGGACUUAAGAGCGGACCUCCUUGGGCCUGAUCCGGCACUGCUGCAAGGCUCCCCCCUUUUGGGUGGCAUCACGGCUGUGCUGGAGAAACCUUGAUCAGGCUGGGUUUCCUCUCCACCCCAAACCGGUGCCGCGCUGCGGAUCGGGCCGGGGGCUCCCAGUCGCUUAAAACGUGCCCCCCAAAACCAUCCAGCUACGUUUCAUGACCAGUGCAUUUUUUCCCUUUAAAAAAUGUUAUGGGGUACUCUCAUUUUGACUCAAGAAAAUCGCCGUUUUUAACAUUCAAAUUGGGACAAAUAAAUACAGCAAAAGGACAAAGAUUCGCAAAACGUUUAGGGGUAUGUGCUCCCCUGUGCCCCCCCCCCUGAAAAAAGCACUGUUUGUGGGUCCCCUUGUGGCCCCCACGGAGAUCUCUGGGGGCCGAGGCCGGGGGAAGCGAAGCACCCCUAUAGUAUAUUGUAUUUUAAAAUGGGGUUUCAGAGUUUUUAGGGGGUUUUGAAUGUUUUAUGUAGAUUUUCAGUUUCAUUGUUCUGUAGGGGACAAUGACAAUAAAGAUAUAAAGAGAAAAGGACCUGGAAUAUUUUCCCGUGGAGCUUGAAUUCGGUUUAUUCUGGGUGGUUUUAUCCGACGUUUCGACGUGCUUGCAAACCGCUUUUGAGAUCUGUUCUUUGCGGUAUAGAAACGGAAAUAAUAAUAAUAAUAAUAAUAAUAAUAAUAAUAAUAUUGUCCCAUCAUAGGGAGAGGACAGCUCCUAGACGUUGCAUUGCGCCCAUGUUUAAGGCGAUGAGAUUAUAUAUCUAGGUUUCUAACACCGUCCGGGACUUCCCUGCUCUGAAUUAAUCGGCUAUUUUUGGGGGGUACAGGGGCCGCCAUCGCCGCGGGUGUUUCACCGGGGGCAGAGGGGGAGCCCCUUUUCCCGCAGCUGAAAGAGGGCAAAGGAAAAACUGCCCGAUGGAGGAAAGGGAACCAGAGCGGCUGCUUUUUUGUGCGAAACCUCUCCCAGUUCCUCUCUGCCAUCCUGGCGCCAGUCUCUCUUCGAGAAAGGGAAGUGGGGAAGAAAUCGUCGCCUGGCCAAAUUCCAGGCUUGCGGCUGCGGGGUGGCAAAGAGAGAACCGGGGACGGCUGCGGGCAGGACCCCUCCCUCCAAGGGGGUUGGGCUGGAUGACCUUUAGAGGGCCCUUCGAACUCUUCGAUUCUAGGGUGCCACCCUCGUGCCCGAGCCCGCAAGCCGCUAGUCCUCAACCGCUGCCGAAACCCUCACGCGGGUCCUCUGGGCUUUUCGGGGGAGCGAGAGGCAGCGAGAAUCCCGUCUCCCCCUCCCCAGAAAAAACCCCAAAGCUGUCAAACGCCGAAAUACGCCUAUCGCUGGCUGCAGAGCUGCCCCACCCCCUUUAAAAACCCAUUUUCUUUUUGCAGGGCGGGUGAGUCCGAGGCAUGUGCUUGGGGGGUCUGGGGGGACUUGGCGCCAAACUCCCCAGCCCAAUUUGGGGAGACGGGGGGGACGGGCGACGGGACGCAUUUGAGCAGGCAGGGUGCCUCAAUUUCAGGAUUUUUUGAACGGGAAAAGAGGGGGGGCAUUGUUGCGGAUUUGGCUGUGCGAAGCAGAAUUCUAGGCAAAAGCUGGGAGGGGGGAGUCCUGAGCUGCCAAUUUAGGGUUAGGUGGGCUUCCCUAGACACCCCCCCUCCAACCACUGCCCCCCCUGCCCCUUAUGGUAAGUAACCUCUCCCUUUCUUCCUCUCGUUUCUCCCUUCUUCCCAACCCCUCCCUCUCCUUUUCUUCCUCGGUUCCCCCCCCCCAUUUUUUUUUCUUUUCUCUCUUUCUUUCUCUCGUUCCCCCUCUCUCUCUCUCUCUCUCGACCUUUUCCAGGUAAAUCUCCUCCUGUCAUCCAUGUCGGCUCUUCCGAUUUUGACAAGCCCCCUGACCUGUUUCGGCCGUUCGGGGCUGACGUCAGCGACCCCUUUCACAGUAGAAAGGGGUUUGGGGACCUAUUUAGGGGGAGAGACGGAAUUUCUCCCCCCUCGGCAGGCAAAGCUCCCAAGGACCCUUCCUCCACGGGAUUUGCUGACUUCACCUCUGUAAGUUGACGCUCCUUCGAUCUGGAUGGAAAAAGGAAAAAAAAACCUGGGCGGGGGGCUUUUGGGGUCAUUUCCCCCUCCUCAUCCUCUUCCUCCUCCCCCCUCCUCCUUCCCCUUCCCUCUCCCCCCUCUGGCAAUUUCUCUCUCUUAGUUCCCCCCAAAUCCCUCUCUUCUCCCAUAGAACGGUAGUUAGACGGGACCCCCAAAACUCAUCUAGACCAACCCGCUUCCUCCAUAGUUCUGCAUUAGUCCCUCUGUACGUCCCCAAGGUUUUGAUUCGCUGGAAGCCAGCCAGAGUGGCUGGGGCAAUCUAGUCAGAUGGGUGGCACAUCACAUUAUUAUUAUUAUUAUUAUUAUUAUUAUUGCAGUGGUACCUUGGUUCUCAAACGCCUUGGUUCCCAAACCCUGAAAUCCCGGAAGGCAAUGUUCCGGUUUUCGAAUGUUUUUCGGAAGCCGGACAUCCGGCGUGGCUGUCGGCUAUUGUUUCCGGGGCACCCGCGCCAAUCAGAAGCCGCGCCUCGGUUUCCGAACAUUUCGGAAGUCAAACGGACUUCUGGAAUGGAUUAAGUUUGGCGCUUUGGUUUUCGCUCUUUAUUUUGCGAUUUUGUUUUUGAGGCUUUUUCGGUUCAUUUGUUUUUGUGACUGUGUGGAACCCAGUUCAGCUACUGAUUGAUUGAUUGAUUGAUUGUGUGACUGCGGAAAUGGAUAAAAGCCCCCCAUCCAAACAAUGAACUCUCAUCAGUGCAGGUAAUUUUAAUUUUUAUCAUCUACAAUAAUGUCUUGUUUAUUUUAUAGCACAGCACAUUGAUUGCUGCUUUCAUUUUAUGGACCAAUGGUCUCGUUAGAUAGUAAAAUCCACGUUAAAUGGCUGUUUUAGGGGUUGUUUUUAAAAGUCUGGAACAGAUUAAUCCGUUUUGCAUUCCUUUCUAUGGGAAAGCAGGAGCGCCUUGGUUUUGGAACGCUUUGGUUUUGGAACGGAUUAAGUUUGAGAGCCAAGGGACCACUGUAUUAAGCUUUGAGUCUGAUCCUGUUCGCUUGGGGACAUUGGUCGUGGAGAGCGCUCUCCCUUUCUCUCCAGACCUGAGUUGGGGAUUUUUUUGGGGGUGGGGAAUCCCUUUCCUGGAAAUGUUUGGGGCGUAGGAAAACCGCCUGAUAGUGUUGCUCCGUAAGCUAAGACUCUAGUCCUCAAGGUUUUGCAAUAAAGGGCUGGUUUCAGUAGGGACUGAAAUGUGUGAAUCUCCUUCCUUGCAGCGAGAGACGCCUGGCUAACGUCUUAAUUAUUUCGUUCGGCUUUUUAGUGUUGGAGGAGUCUGUAUGUUUGUGUUAGCAAAAGGAACUCAAAGCCACAUUGUGGAUCUUUAUUCUAACAGCAGGUUUGGCGUUGAGCGUUUGACACAGAGAAAGAGAGAGAGGCUUCAGCUGAUAAACAGGAAAACCUGCGCUGGUUUUAUUUUUAAUUCUUUUUUCUUCUUUUUUAAUUUCCGAGGCACCUUCAAACUUUCUCACCUUCCUUGGUUGAGUUUUGGGGGUUUUUUGCUGAGCCAUCCCAUCCAUUUCCCCCGCGAAAAACCAGACUUUGCAAAAGGAGGAGGCCGGUGAAAUCGCCGCUGCAGUUUUCAGUUUAUUACGGUCGCAGGCCGGCAUUUUUAAAAUAGCUAAGAUACAAUGGUGAAAGCAAGAUGCAAUCAUUUAUUUUGCUUUAUUUUUAAAAAACCGAGCCAGAAUAAGAUCAGAGAGACAAGAGUCGCUGAGCAGGAGGUUAAAACAAUUAAAAGAAUUGCAAGGUUUCAUAAGCGGAAUAGCCUUAUUGUGCUGCUAUAAGGCUUGGUGUCCUUUAGGGAAGUUUUAAAUGUUUUAUUGCCUUAUGAUUAUGAUUAUUAUUGUGUUGGGAGCCGCCCAGAGUGGCUGGGUAAACCCAGCCAGAUGGACAGGGUAUUAAUAAAUUAUUAUUAUUAUUAUUAUUAUUAUUAAGACUACGAUUUCCCUGGCAAAAAUAACGUCUGGGCAGAAUUUUGCAAAAUGGGUUAAAAUGUCCGUUGACAAUGGCAAGUUGCUUUUUUGUCAAAUUUUCUAUUUUAUUUUAUUUUUUAAGUCAAAAACUUUCUUAGGAGAUUUUGCAGAGAAAGCUCAACGAUAUUUUUUCUCCGGACUGUCCCCGUUUGAAACAGGGCAAACCGUCCCCUUAUGUCCUUGAUUUUUGUGUGGGUCCUCCCCUCUUUUAUCGGGGGAACUGCUGGCCGCCUUCCCUCCAGGAACGGGGAAAGGGUUUGCAGCCAGUGGCGGGCAGUUCCCCUGGCUCUUAGCUCUGUGUAUGUGUGUGAGAGAGACAGAGAGACCAUAUGUGGUGCAAUUAGGAGUCAAUAGUCUGACUCCCACGCCCUUCGUGGCUUUUUGGGGAGGAGGGUUGAAGGAAAACAUGGGGUCUCCCUGCGGUGUGAUCUGCCCUCAAUGUUCUGGUCAGAGCACUGAGCUCUGAGAGUUGGACUGGGACACCAGUGGGUCAUCUAGACCAACCCCCUGCAAGGCAGGAUUUAAACAGGGCAAAGAGCGCCCAGUCAAACUGAAGGGGGGCCAGUCCAGUCUUCACAGGGGUCCCCCAGAUGCAGCCUCCGUGGGGAACCCCAAAAGCCGGGAGGGAGGCCUUCCCCGAUAGAACCGGGUGCUGCUUUUUUCGGAGGGUGGGGAGGAAGGAAGGGAAAGCGGGAGCGCCCCCCCUCCAUUCCUUACCAUGAUCUGGGAGGCAGGAAGUAGGGUGGCCCCUAGGGAGAGAUUUGGAAAAGGGCCCUCCAGCAGUCAUCCAUCCCAACCCCGCGGCUAAAGACCCUCCCAUGAUCCGGGAGGCGGGAAGUACGGUGGCCCCUAGGGAGAGAUUUGGAUAGGGGGCCCUCCAGCGGUCAUCCAUCCCAACCCUCUCCUUCUCUCCCCAGCUUGGCAAUGAGGAGCAGCAACUCGCCUGGGCGAAGCGAGAGAGCGAGAAGGCGGAGGAGGAGCGCCUGGCGCGGCUGAGGCGGCAGGAGCAGGAGGACCUUGAGCUGGCCAUCGCCCUCAGCAAAGCGGACAUGCCCGCCUCCUAGGGGGCUCCGGGGGGGGCCUCCCUCUCCCCCCCUUCCGCCACUCCCUAGACCACCAUCUCCGAUCCGCCGACCCCGGUCUCCGUUCUUUCGACACGACGAAGCGAACCGCCUCUCCACGGCGCCGCAUCCGGCACGGGGAAGCCCCUCUCUGCGGGAAAAGGACGCAGGACUCGCACGGGGAUGCCGUCUCCUUGCACAGACGGACAGGUGGGGGGCUGCCCCCCAAGAAGCUGCUCCCCCACCCCCUGGUGAACUCAGCCGGCCGUUCCCCCCCCCCAUUCCUUUUAUUUUUUGCCCUCCCCCCGCCGGAAAAGACCUGCUUCCUUGCCCUGGACCUCUCGCUCUUCGAAACCUCCCGUGGGGGGGCUUGAAUCUUGCUCAGCUGUGCCAGCCUUGGGGGGGGGCAUAGGGUGGAGGGGGGGGAAGAAAGGGGUCCCACCCAGGCCCUCCCCCCACGGCGGGGCGCCAGGAAGACGGCCCUCUCUGCCUAUAUUUCCCUUUCUUUGCAGCACUGUCAAUGUGGAUUUCUUUGCACCCCCUUUUCUCUCCCCCCACAAAACCCCCCAGGCGCCCCGAUUCUUAACGCUCUCUUUGAUCGCCCAGGAAAAACCCCACUGCUAACGGCCCCCGCCCCCCCCCCCAGCAGCCUCGAACGUUCGGUUAACCAGCGCCGAUUCAUACCGAAACCGGGGGAACUUAAAAUACGUUGCAGCCUCGAAGGGCAGGUCGGUGUGUUUAUAUCUCUCUCUCUUUCUCUGUAUUUUUGCCUGAAAAACAUCCUGGAAAGUCUCGAGAAAAGCCAAGCGGCGUCUUCUGAGCCGUGGGGCAAGAGGGGGGUCUCUGUUCCAGAGCUGGGGGGACAACGCGGGUGAGAGCAGGGGAGCAAAUGUGUAGCUGCAGGGUGGGUUCCUUUUGGGCACGUGGGUCGGGGUCCGAGUGGCGUGUUGGGGGGUCUUGUGCACCCCCCUGAAACGGCUCCUCCUCCUGCAAUAGGGGCAUCCCCCCCUCUAAGGGGUUCUCUCUCCCCCAGGCCAGGAAAACCUCCAGCUUCCCAGCCUCUGUGCAGAGAUGGGACCCCCUAAAUUCUGCCCCCUUGCCCUCCUCCUUCCAGAAGGCCGGCCCUCCUUCCAUCUUCCCCAGGGGCCUCUUGACCCCGGUGCCUUUGCCCUGGGGGGGCUGAGGGCUCCCCACCGCCCUUCCCCACUCAUCGCGGGUGGGGUGGGGGCUUCUCUCGCCCUCCCACCCCCUCUCCAAGGCGCCCGUUCCCCCUAUGGCUGCGGGAUCCGAGACCGGCUCCGUCCUUCCCUCCCAGCUCCGGCGGAGAAUCGGGGCCACCCUUUUGGCCACCGCUGCGGGGAGACACCCCCCCACGGGGUCCGCCCCACGGGCGGGUGGGUCCCAUUGGCCCACAGAAGCACUCAGAGACACCAGCCCCCUUUGCGUGGGGAGGGGUUCGGCCGGCCAAACAGACGGGACAAAUUCGGGUGCCGAGGCUUCCAGAGAGAGUUGGGUCCUCAGCCGGUUCUUCUUUGGAGGAGGAGGAGAACCCAAAGGAGAACCCCCUGUCCCUCCCCCACACACACACCCCCAGGGAUGACCAGAUCCGCGCCUUCCUUUGGGGUCCCCAUCCGCCUCCACCUUGCGGGCUGAGAAGCUGGGAAAAUGUGCCGCCGCAGCCUCCAGAUCUAUUACAAUUUUUUUGUAUUUUUAAUUUUCACCGCCCUCCCCCCCCCCCCGUGUAUAUUGUCCCCAUCUGCCAUCUCCUCAGCAGCCCCCCACCCCACCCCUCCGGGACGCGACCCACCCCCUUGCGAUAAAGAGAAAUGUAGAUAUAUAUAGGAGAUUUUAUAUAUGUAUAUAUCUGGGGGUGAACGUGCCGAAGGACCUGGUCUCUGAGCGCUGCCCGCUGCAAAAACGUGAUCCUGCCGGCCUCGUGUGUCGCUCUUGUGUGUGUGUGUGUUUGUGUGUGUGUAUAUAUAUAUAUAUUUAGUCCCUAAGAUCUGGAAAUGAAAGAGCGAUUCUUGUGGUUAGAAUCUCAAACUUCUGCCAAACAAGAAAGAAAGAGAUAAAAACAGUCUGUUUCUCUCUCGCGCUCGCGCUGCAAAUUCUUGCUUCUCAAAUAUAGGGGGCACGGGUAAAUGCAAUUCAGUUCUGGAGUGUGGCGUUUUGGGGUUGCAAGAAAGACGUGUGCAGGAACCCCCCCCCAAAAAAAACACAACACCCCCUCUUAAUCCUGCGCCCAUUUCUCUGUGUGUUUGUGUGCGAACAAGAGAGAGAGUUUUCUUCAGUUUCCUUUCCUGUUGGCAGAAGCAGCCACGGUUUUCGGUUGACCCGGGGGGGAGCGUGGGGCUCCCUGGCAGCACCCCAAAACUACUCCCAGCCCCCCGGGGAGAGGGAUGGGCAAGGCUGUCGCUUGUGGGGAGGGGCGGCCAAACCCAGACAGGCCACCCUCAGUCUUAGGAGGGGGGUCACGGCGCAAAAGAGCAAGGGGAAAAUGUGCCAGAAUGUGCAUUUAGAGUGGGGGGCAUUUAGAGCUAUCCUGCACCCCUCUUUACAGCCCAUGGGGAAUCCUGGGAACUGCAGUUCGCCGGGUGGCACUUUGCGAGGGUGGGUGGGCACUUCCUUCGAUUCGGGUCCCCCACCUAGGAGCGUUCUUCACCUAGGAGCCUCCAAACCGCCCCCCCAGCUCCCGAUCCGGUUGUCGCAGGGUCUUGGUAUUAAAGAGACCCCCCCCUUUCCCAGUUUCUCCUCUUGUGUUUCCCCAUUAGUGUUUUCCACACUCUCACCCCCCCCCAAAAAAGCACUCAUCUUGUGGCUCUUAAUAUCCGCGCCGUCCCUGUCCCCCCCACUUCGUUUCUUGUGGGACGCAAACCGGCUGCUGUCUCUCUUCUCCUCUGCCUGCCCCCCUCCGCUAGGAACUCUUCUCAGCUGCUUCCAAGUCCUCCUUAGAGUAGACCCAUUGGCUCAAGUGGUCUCUUGUUUGCAGAGUUUCCUUUUUAAACAAAGUUGGGGGACAAUGGCUCUCUACAUUUUUUGGUGGAGGAGAAAUCAUUCUCUUUCAUUUCCUCUCCUCCCUUCGUUGCUUCUCUCUUUAGAAAUGUUUUCUUUUUGGGGGGGGUGAGCAGCUGUGCCCCCUCCCGGACCUCAGGCACCAGAAAAUUUGUGCAUCAAAUUGAGCUUGGGGGUCUCUCCAAGGGGGCAGACGGAUUUGGAACAGUGGGGAGGGAGAGAGGGAGGUUUUUUUUUGGGGGGGGGAGAUGUGUGUGUGUCUUUUGCUGCUGCUGCAAGGGGAACCAAGAAGCCCCCCCCACCCGGCACAUCCUUUGGACCUCGGCCACGCUGCCCCCCCAUUUCCCCCCACCAGGAGAUUGGCUGAUGAUGUAUUAUAUAUCCAGACAUGUACAUGACUGUAUCUAUGCUCUUGGAAUUACCCUAUAGCAAAGGGGGUGGGGAGUGGGGUGGGGGGCAGCGGGGAAGAGAGAAGGUUUGCCGGGAGGGAGGGGGGACUGUUUGAAUUUUAACCCAUGCUCUGUGUUUUAUUGUUUAAUAUAAGAGAAAUGUUAUUGUUUAAUAUAAUAAAUGAAAAAGUUACUUAUUUUGGAG